GGGCGUGUUUUGCUUCGGUUCCUCUUCGGGUCCCUCUCUCCUCGUGUGGGUGGCGUUGGCGUCAGUCCGGUUUCGGUCCUGUCUAACGGAAUGGCCGCCGUCCUCCUGGCGCUUCUGAACCUCCUCCUCCUCCACCUCCGGCCCGCCUGCCUGGCUUCCCCGCCGAAUUUCGUUCUCAUUUUCGCCGACGACUUGGGUUUCGGUGAUUUAGGCUGUUAUGGUCAUCCCAGUUCACUCACCCCCAACCUGGACCGCCUGGCGUCCGGAGGACUCCGCCUCACCGACUUCUACUGCACCAGUCCCGUCUGCAGCCCCUCCAGGGCUUCUCUGCUAACAGGCCGCUACCAGACCCGUUCGGGAAUCUACCCCGGAGUGCUGUACCCAGGUUCAGUAGGGGGUCUUCCCCUUAAUGAGACCACCAUUGCUGAGAUGCUGAAAACAGUGGGUUAUGCCACCGCUGCCGUCGGAAAGUGGCACCUGGGAUUUGGGCCUAAUGGGACGUACCUCCCCACCAAUCAGGGAUUUGACAAAUACCUUGGGGUCCCCUACUCACAUGACAUGGGUCCCUGUCGGAACCUGACUUGUUUCCCUCCAGAUGUAAAGUGCUUCGGAUACUGUGACAUCGGCAGAGUGACUGUCCCCCUGAUGCAAAAUGAGUUCAUAAAGCAGCAGCCUGUGGACUUCCUGGAUCUGGAGAGGGCGUACAGCGACUUCGCUAGCGAUUUCAUCACCAAGGCAACCACAAAAAAACAGCCCUUCUUCCUUUAUUAUCCUUCUCAUCACACCCACUACCCCCAGUACGCAGGUCCAGGAGCAGCUGGGCGGUCUCUGAGAGGUCCCUUUGGAGAUGCUUUGUUGGAGUUUGACACCACUGUUGGAAACCUCCUGGCAACCCUUGAGCGGACAGGGGUGAUCAACAACACACUCGUAUUCUUUACUGCUGAUAAUGGGCCUGAACUGAUGCGGAUGUCUCGUGGCGGUAAUUCAGGCCCACUGAAGUGUGGGAAAGGCACUACCUAUGAGGGAGGAAUGAGAGAGCCAGCCAUAGCCUACUGGCCGGGAACCAUUAGGCCAGGUGUGACCCAUGAGCUGGCCAGCACUCUGGAUAUCCUACCCACCAUUGCAAGGCUGGCAGGAACACAACUACCACAGGUUCAGCUGGAUGGGGUGGAUAUGACAGAAAUCUUACUCCACCAUGGAAAGAGUAAGAGGGAGGCGAUGAUGUUCUAUCCCACAGACCCCAGUGAAAAAUACAGCCUGUUUGCUCUUAGGCUUGGGAAGUACAAGGCACAUUUCUACACACGUGGUGCUACCCACAGUGGAACGACCCCAGACAAAGACUGCCAAGUAUUCGCGGUCCUCAAAGCCCAUGAUCCUCCACUUAUUUUUGACCUGGAAGCUGACCCAUCUGAGAAUUACCCUCUUUCGCUGGUGGACAGACCUGACCUCCAAGCCCUAGUGCACAAGAUCCUGAUGGUCAAAGCCCAGUUUGAAGCUACCAUGGUGUUUGGAGAGAGCCAGACAGGAAAAGGUACUGACCCCAAGUUGGAGCCCUGCUGCACCCCGCAGUGUAGCCCUAAACCCAGCUGCUGCCAAUGCUGAGAGCAGUUCUUGCAACUGCUGCUCAAACUGUAACUAUGUGGGAGAGGCAGAUGAUAUUGCACUGAUUUCUGAACAAUCAGUGAAUGAAAGGACAAAAUGUAGCAGCAAAGAUUCCUGCUGAUUGUGUAAUUAUUUGCUAAAGUAUGGCUGGUAUGUCUGAGAUUGGUUUAUGUAUGAGAACUUGCAUAUGAAUUGAUGUUGAUUCUAAAAUCUAACACUUGAUGCACAUGACUAUUUCCUCAGUGAGGACAAGUACUCCGAUGACUUUUUCAGUAUGCUAAUUGUUCUGAAUCUGAAAGUUUUUGGAGCCCAUCCAAAUACUUCCUGGCUAACAUGCCUGGACUUGAUUACUUGAAUACAGCAUAAUACCAGUUCUUUGCGCUUUUUUACCCACAUCUUUUCCUCUCUGACAUUAGGUGCUUUCACACUUCACUUAGCCAUGGGCAAAUAUUCACACUACUUUAUAAGUGGGUUGGCACCAACUUUAGCUCAGGGCCAGCUGGCCCGGCUCUGGAGGAGGGCUAACUGUGACGUGUUGGAGUUAGCUCCAGAGACCACUGAAAAUACGGUACUGAAAUGGAUAGUGUGAAAGGGUGUCAGUACUUGAUGGAAGAAUUCUCAUUGAUCAGCUAAUGCCGGGGCUAAAAGUAAAUAUGGGGCAACCAAAUUGAAGUGUGAAUACGGGCUAACUUAUUCCUGGGGAUGAAUUUAGCCUGGGGCUAAACUCUUCAAGUGUAAAAGCACCUCUUUUUGUCUAUUAGACUUACUAAGCACAAUAAUCAAAAACUCGGGAUUUCCACUGUGCCCUUAAUCAUAAUUUUACAUUCAGGAUGAAUUAUUCAAAUGUAAAAAUGUUAUCAGAACAAUAACGCAAGAAACUUGAAAAUAAUUAAGACGGAAACAAAAGCUUUUGGACAUCAAGCAUAUAUUUUAUUCAUAAGACCAAACCCAUGACAAGGCAGAGUGAUUUUUUUUUUUUGUCAUUUUAUUCUUUGUUUUUCCUUUUUAAUUUUACAAGUCCUUUUUUAAAGAUACAAGAUAGGAUAUGGUUGUUCUGUCACAUACUGAUUUGCUCUAGGUAUACAGUGAAGAAUCUUGUUUCUUAAAUAAAGUCAAAAGUUUGGUUUAA